AUGGAGGAGCAGCAGAAUGCCGUCGCGCAUAUUUCUCCUCCUCCUCCUACUCCUCCUCCUCAUCCUCUUCCACUUCGUAUAUAUCUUUCAUUUGUUCUAGUGCUGCUGCUGCUGCUGCUGCUCAUUGGUGUCUGCCAACAACUACUCCCUGGAGACACAAUAGAAUUUAUCUUAUCACACAAUGCGCACACAAAAAUACAAACACAACAAAUUUUUUGCGACGAUAAAUGA